UCUCGCGCGGGCUGCCGGGAUCGCUCGCCGCCGCUGUGGUAAUGUCCGCCAUGUUGGCCAUGGCGCAGGGAGCGGAUCGGGCGGGCGAGCGGCGGAUCUAGAGUGUGGAAGCGGCCGCGGGCGGCGGGGGGCUGUUUUUGGGCGGGGUGGGCGCCCAUGCUGGGGCCGGGGGCACUGCGGAGGAGGAGGAGGAGCGGGCCGGCCGUGCUGCACUGAGGAAGGAGGUGGAGGAGGCGGCGGGAGUGCUCCCCCCCCUCCCCGCCCGCCCCGCCGCCGCCGCCCGGGCUGUUCCUGUAAGGCGGGGAGACAAUGAGUAAACUCUCCUUCCGAGCGCGGGCGCUGGACGCCGCCAAACCGCUGCCCAUCUACCGCGGCAAGGACAUGCCUGAUCUCAACGACUGCGUCUCCAUCAACCGGGCCGUGCCCCAGAUGCCCACCGGGAUGGAGAAGGAGGAGGAAUCGGAACAUCACUUACAGCGAGCUAUUUCAGCACAGCAAGUAUUUAGAGAAAAAAAAGAGAGCAUGGUCAUCCCAGUCCCCGAGGCAGAGAGCAACGUCAACUAUUACAAUCGCUUGUACAAAGGAGAGUUUAAGCAGCCCAAGCAGUUCAUUCAUAUUCAGCCUUUUAACCUAGACAACGAGCAACCAGAUUAUGAUAUGGAUUCAGAAGAUGAGACAUUAUUAAAUAGACUUAACAGAAAAAUGGAAAUUAAACCUUUGCAAUUUGAAAUUAUGAUUGACAGACUUGAAAAAGCCAGUUCUAACCAGCUUGUAACACUUCAAGAAGCAAAACUGCUGCUAAAUGAAGAUGAUUACCUUAUUAAAGCUGUAUAUGACUACUGGGUGAGAAAACGGAAGAACUGCAGGGGGCCAUCCCUCAUCCCCCAGAUUAAGCAAGAGAAAAGAGAUGGCUCUACCAACAACGAUCCUUAUGUUGCCUUUCGGAGGAGAACAGAGAAAAUGCAGACUCGGAAGAACCGUAAGAAUGAUGAAGCUUCUUAUGAGAAGAUGCUGAAACUGAGGCGGGAGUUCAGCAGAGCCAUAACGAUUUUGGAAAUGAUUAAGAGAAGAGAAAAAACCAAACGCGAAUUAUUGCACUUAACACUGGAAGUUGUGGAAAAAAGAUAUCAUUUGGGAGACUAUGGGGGUGAAAUCCUUAAUGAAGUGAAAGUUAAUAGAUCAGAAAAAGAGUUAUAUGCCAGUCCAACAACUCUUCAUAAUGGAAAUCAUCACAAAGUUCAAGAAUGUAAAACAAAGCACCCUCAUCCUUUGUCUUUGAAAGAAGAGGCUUCUGAUGUGGUUCGUCAAAAGAAGAAGUACCCAAAGAGGCCUAAGGCCGAGGCUGGGAUAGCCCCUCAGCAGCCCACUCCUGAGCCAUUGCCUGUGAUCAAUAAGAGGGACAUUAAGCAAUAUGACUUUCAGAGCUCAGACGAAGAUGAAUUUCCACAGGUACCAUCUCCAGCAUCAGAACCUGAAGAAGAAAAUGAUCCUGAUGGUCCCUGUGCUUUCAGAAGGCGGGCAGGAUGCCAGUAUUAUGCUCCGCGUUUGGACCAGGCUAGUAACCAUACAUAUGAUAAUUCAGAGUUGGCAGACUUGGCUAAGCUGAGGUCUAAGCACUGUCUUACGACACUUACAGUUCCAAGAAGAUGCAUAGGAUUGGCAAGGAGGCGAGUUGGCAGAGGCGGAAGGGUCAUAAUGGACCGAAUAUCCACAGAACAUGACCCUGUCCUGAAACAGAUAGACCCUGAGAUGCUGAAUGGGUUUUCAAGUUCUUCCCAAACUAUAGACUAUUCUUCUAAUUUCUCUCGGACCAAUGCUUCCAGUAAACCUUGUGAAAAUAGACUGUCUCUUUCUGAAAUAUUAAGCAAUAUCAGAUCAUGUCGACUACAGUGUUUCCAGCCAAGGCUACUAAAUGUACAGGACAUUGAUAGUGAAGAAUGUACCUCAAGAAAACCAGGGCAGACUGUGAGCAGUAAAAGAGUUUCUGCAGCAUCUGUAGCUUUAUUGAACACCAGCAAGAACGGCAUAUCAGUAACAGGGGGCAUCACAGAGGAGCAGUUUCAGACACAUCAACAGCAGCUAGUUCAAAUGCAAAGGCAGCAACUUGCGCAGCUUCAUCAGAAACAGCAAUCCCAGCAUUCCUCACAGCAGACACACCCAAAAGCACAGGGCUCAAGCACCUCUGACUGUAUGUCUAAAACACUUGACUCAGCCAGCGCCCACUUUGCUGCAUCUGCAGUGGUCAGUGCUCCUGUUCCAAGUCGCAGUGAGGGAUCCAAGGAACAGAACACUGGCCACAACAAUAUGAAUGGUGUUGUCCAGCCUUCAGGACCCUCUAAAACAUUAUAUUCCACCAAUAUGGCUUUAUCAUCCAGCCCAGGGAUUUCAGCUGUACAGCUCGUAAGGACAGUUGGCCACACUACCACAAACCACUUGAUCCCAGCCUUGUGCACAAGCAGUCCUCAGACACUUCCCAUGAACAAUUCCUGCCUGACCAAUGCAGUGCACCUCAAUAAUGUCAGUGUUGUUUCUCCUGUCAAUGUGCAUAUCAAUACACGGACUUCAGCACCAUCGCCAACAGCCUUAAAACUUGCCACAGUUGCUGCCAGUAUGGACAGAGUGCCAAAGGUUACUCCCAGCAGUGCCAUCAGCAGCAUAGCCAGAGAGAACCAUGAACCAGAAAGACUGGGUUUAAAUGGACUAGCAGAGACAACAGUAGCUAUGGAAGUGACAUAACGGAAGGCACGUGGCAUGACCUGUGUGGAUGGUUGCAGUCAUUCCUAUUCCAGCGGAAUACAAAAGGCGGGCGACACUCUGUGGAUCACAGAGCAGAACAAUGGACCUAAAUGGAGUACAGUAUACCGGAUGUUAAGUCGAUAUAUGAUGUAUAUUUUGUAAAAUUGGGAAAAUCACUACCUUGUAAAAUAGUUUAUUUGUAUCAUCAAUAUUAUUUCUGUUACUUGAAUAGUAGAUAUUCAUCAUCAUGCUUUUGCACUUGAAUUUGCAACUGAAUGGAUUUUAAAAAUAAUUCUUUAAUGGGAUCAUGAGCAUGAAAUGGGAUCCUGCAUCACUUGUUUUAACUAUUUAUUUUGCCAUGUUUACAUUUUGUAUCUUGUAAAAAAAAAUAAAUCCAACUUUGUGUCUAAAAAGUUAAAGAUUCAUAGCUAGGAAAUGAAAUUCUUGUAAUUUUUUUCUAAAGGAACUGUAAAGUUUUCACUUGGUUCAUUUUGUUUCACAAUUUGACUAGAUGGACUUUUUGGUAAAUACUUUAGUGGCAUUUCACUGUCAAAUACGACUUCAAGGCAAAAUAGUAUUUUCUAUUACUGUGCAGGGGAAAGGGAUGGAUCGAUACAUGCAAAUUUAAUGUAGUAACUCACUUUUCCAUAUAUUUUGAAUGUAUAUUUCUAUUUAUAAUACCAGUUUAUAAAAAAUAAUUACACAGAAAAAGUGGACUAGGAAAUUAUGCAUCUAGCACAUUUAAACUGUGCAGAUAUGAAAAUUUUUCAUGGAUUACAUUUUAUCUGAAGACUGCAUAUUUUAACUGGCUUUAAAACUGUAACACACCACAUAAAAGAUAUUUACCAGGUAUGUAUUGCAUCAUAUCAUUGCAAUAAUUAUUGGAAGUCUAUAUAUCGAGCCAUCCCAGGUUUUGGGAGGGGGGAGGGUUGUGGCAAGAUUGUCUUUUCAAUUUUGGAGAGUUUUCCUGUGGCUACAAGGCAAGUAACGGGUUGGAAACCGUCUGACUGUAAGUGUUGGACACCUUCAUAGUGUAGUGUUUUAGUGACUUUUUUAUACGGUUCUUGUAAAUUAGAUACGUGUAGUGGUGUUUCAGAAUGUUUGUUUAUGCACUAGUUCAGACAACUUUCCCUGUUACUUGUUCUUGAUAAGUGAAAACUGCAGGGAAAUAAAAAAUACAUAUCAAAACACGGCCAUGCUGCAUAUGUAUUUAUUUCACCAUGUGCACACAGCGCAAGUGAGGACAGAAGGGACAGGCCAGCCCGUGCAGCACUUGUCCCAGGCUUUCAGGCGUUGAGGGGAAGCUCUAAGGCUUGUCUCUGGGCUCCAUUGGGUUUCAGAUAAUCCAAUUAAACUACCUUUGCUAUGAAAGUUCAUAAGAUAUUUUACAGAAUGUAAGUAAUUUACAGUAUAGCAGUCAUUGAAAUCUCAUAAAUGAGCCUCAUUUUAUAAAUAAAUAGAGUAUAGUGUAGAAUUAUAUUGCGAGGGGGUUUUGGAAGUCCUAGGAAAUGUAAAUAUUUUUAAUGAAUACAAUUAAAACCAUUUCAAACUGAACAUAAUUUUAUACCUUUUUUAUAUCUCCAGUCCUGAAAGUUGUAAACUUAUUGUCACUUAAAUUAAUGGGCCAGGAUUUCUGCUGAAAGUGGUUUUUAUUCAGAUCCUAAAUGUAAAGCAAUUUAUGGUCAAAACCACAGGGGACAAAUAAAUUUACUUUGUUGGUUGUGACCUGAUAGGAUCCAUGCUUGUUUUUGCCAUACUACCUCUGGGGUUCACUGAUGAUGAUAUAAAGGAAAUAAUUUGAUUGAUAUGUAUAUGACUAUGUUCAUUCUGCUUACAAUUGGAUGUAUCUUGCUAUUAAGAAUUUGAAACAACUCAGUGCUAAUUUCAGAGAAAGCUUCUCCCCUCCCCCCAUUUUGCUGAAGUAAAGCAUGAAGUUAAUUUGC